AUGAUAUUUGAUAGGGUGGUCACCGUGAAUGCUGAACUGUUUAAAGAGAACGAGCCAUUAAGCUACGCUAAGGAGAAAUGUUAUAUACGCUUCAGCAAUUUUUCACUACAAGAUCGCUGGAAGGAUGUUGAGAAGAAGUUGGACCAGCUAAUAUCCACAAGCCAUCCCCUGGUAACCCAACUGGAAAGUAUCAACCUUAAGACUGUACAAAAUGAUAUUCUAAAAUUCAUUGUGAUGAACCCUGAAUGCGACAAUAUUGAUGAUUUACUAAAGAGUGAUGUUGACAACGAGAGUCUGUACGAUCAAUGUGUAAAACUAUUGUACGAAGGAAUGAAAUUUCACCUGGAUAUUGAAUUUACUACAGCGGAAAUUCCUUUAACUGCACAAAUUGAACUGAAGGAUAUCAAUUUCCUUAGUAGCCCAGAACUAAAGGACAACAUUAAAUUUUUAUACAAGAUUUUACUUUUUGGAUCGUACGACUCCAAGGGUUAUAAUCUACAGGUUCACUGCAUCAUAUCAGAAAACGGUAAACCCAUUAAGAUCUUAUUCAAGGUAGUAGAAUCGUUGUUGGUUAAUAAGCCAGUCUUUUCAAUCGAAUUACCUUUUAAAGAGGACGUAGAGGUGGAUCUGUUUGAGUUUCUUUCUAUUUACCAUGAGAACAUGCUGGAAUAUCAAAAGAAUACCCAACAAUUGGUUUAUUUGAAUCAGCUACUUGAUCUCAAACUCCAACAAAAUGAACUAAGAGUGAAAGGAAUGAAAGAGUUGGUUGAUGAAAUAAAAUAUGAACAGGAAUCAGCAUUUGUUCAGCUCCUGAAUGAAAAGAAGGAAAAGCUUAGACAGCUAGGGGUGGGGGAUAUUGACGACUUUGAUUCGCAUUCUUGGUCAAAUAGGCCUAGAAAGAAAAUGAAUUUGGGUCUUGUGAAGCAAGAAAAUGACACUAGUAACCAAGAAAUCAACCAACAAACGGAUCAGCAAAAACUCCUGGUCUCUCAAGGUAAAGUAGACCCGCAAACCUAUGCAGACGUCAACGUCAAAGAGGAGCCCUUGACUCAACAUGCAUCCGAACAAACACGAGCCCUAUCAUUGAAUGACAAUAUUCCCCACACGGAUACCUCUUCAAGCACCAAUGCUUCGCACACAGACCUCUCAGAGUCCGACGAUCAAACUGAUGUUAGUGACGGCUAG